AUGAACGUAAACAUUUCUUUCCCGACCGGAGGGAGCUCCCGAAAAAUAGCGGCGCGUCAACAGGUGAAGGAUAGAGAGGAUGAAAAGUCACGGAAUUGCUCCACGCACAAAGUGUCCCGAAGUUCUCAAGCAGAGACCAGCAUGAACUAUUGCGAGAGCUGUACGCUAGCUGGCGAGGCUGUCCUCCAAGCGAUAAACGCACUCGAGCGAGUGUUCACCGAGAACAAAUUAAUUUCCGCCGCUGUUACAGAAAGGGACAAAUCCCGCGAAGAUAUUUACGAAAGGACCCAAUGGGCCGUGAUGAGCAGACUGACAAAAGGCAUAGAGACGGAUGUUGGAACAGCUUUGGCGAGUAUGCGGGAGUGCAAUCUGAAAACAGAAGCCACUAGACAACACCACGAGGAGGCGAUUCGAGAUCUGCGGGCUGGCUUGACGCGACAAGAGAAACGGACGGACGCUUUGCAGGCGAAAAACUCCGAACUGGAGGACGCACUAGAAACUGUGAACGAGGAGCUUGAAAGGACGAACGAAGAGAACAUUACUCGAAACCGCGAAAACGAAGAACUGGAACGGACCCUAGAAUCUACACGUAAACUGGUAGUGCUUCUGACAGACGGAAAUAACAUUUUGCAAAGUCAGACCGGUACGCUGGCCGAGAGCAAAUUGGAACUGGAGAAGACCGUGAUCAGACUUCGAAAGGAAGCCGUCGACACCCGUGAUGCGUACCUCGAGACAGAACGACGUUUCCAAAUGCUCCUCGACGAAACGAGGAAGGAAAACGAUUCGUUGAAGGAGGAACAUAAAAGGGAAGUCGGAAAACUGCAACAAGAGAUCGAGGUGCUGCGUAUGACGAUGGAAAAUCAAAAAGAUGCUGAGAAGAUGAAGAAUAUCAAUGAUAAUAAUUCUUGCAAGGCCUUCAAAGGGAAAGAAAUGGAUCCUAUUGCGGACAUGUCGCAACAAUUAAUAACGAAUCGUGAAAAAAUAGAAGUGCUUACAAGGCAGAAUGAGCGGCUAUCGAAAACAUUGCUCCGAUUAAAAGAGUAUCGUAUGUUGGGUCAGACAGACUCAGUCGAGCCCAAAAACGGAACUCAUUCAGAGAAAUGA